UCACCUGAUGGAAUCAAAAUGGCGAGGGUGUUGUUUUGAUGAAUAAGACUUUGUGUCAGGGGCAGGCCUCUCCUCACAGGCUGAAGGGACGAGAGUUGUCCUCUACCCCGCCCUCACACAUCCUCCUCCGUCUUCAGUCAAAGAGUCUGUGACAAACUAUGCAUCUUUGCUGAAAAGAAUCGUGUUUCUCUCUUAACAAAAACGUGAAAAAUACACUUAAAGAAUGGAAGAACUUAGUGCUGAUGAGAUUCGCAGAAGGCGUCUGGCACGGCUAGCUGGUGGGCCGACUUCACAACCCACCACCCCGCUAACAUCCCCACAGCGAGAAAACCCUCCAGGGGUAUCUGCAGCCACGCCAGGGAUAUCUCAGAAUAUGGCUCUGAAUGUACACAGUGUGACUCCAGCAACAUCACCCAUUGGAGCAACAGGUGUUGCACAUAGAAGCCAGAGCAGUGAAGGGGUGAGCUCGCUCAGCAGUUCCCCAUCGAAUAGCCUCGAAAACCAGUCUCAGAGUCUUUCCCGAUCUCAGAGUAUGGAUAUUGACAGUGUGUCCUGUGAGAAAAGCAUGUCCCAAGUGGAUGUGGACUCCGGAAUUGAAAAUAUGGAAGUUGAUGAGGGUGAUCGCAGAGAAAAGAGAAGCCUGACUGAUAAGGAACAGUCUUUAGCACCGGACGUAUCAGAAGAGCAAGCACUUUCACUUAUCUGUAAAAUUUUCCGAGUCUCCUGGAAGGAACAUGACAGGGAUGUGAUCUUCUUGCCUGGCCUGGCUGCAGAGUUUAAACAGGGCCCAAAAGAAGUAUUUUCAGACUGGAAGGACUUAAUUGGCCAGAUUCUGAUGGAGGUUCUGAUGCUGUCCACUCAAAUGCCAGAAGACAACCCAUUUGCCAGUUUGACUGCCACAUCUCAGCCUAUUGCAGCUGCUGCAAGAUCACCUGACAGGAGCUUACUACUUAACCCUUUGUCAAGUCAAGGAACAAGUCCUAUGUUUUGUAGUCCUGGUUCAUUUGGUGCCAGUUCUUUAUCAAGUGUGGGUACGACUGGAACUUGUUCAGAGUCUGGCAAUGAUCGUUUCACAAUUGAAGCGUGUAAGGAGACGGAAAUGUUGAACUACCUCAUCGAGUGCUUUGACAGAGUUGGAAUAGAAGAACGGAAAGCUCCAAAGAUGUGCAGUCAACCAUCUGUGAGUCAGCUGCUCAGCAACAUCCGAUCCCAGUGUAUUUCCCAUACUGCUCUUGUGCUGCAGGGAGCCCUCACACAGCCAAGAUCCUUGUUACAGCAGUCAUUGCUAGUGCCCUAUAUGUUGUGCCGGAAUCUUCCUUAUGGAUUCAUUCAAGAGCUGGUUAGAAUGACUCAUCAGGACCAAGAGGUAUUCAAACAGAUCUUUAUUCCAAUUAUACAAGGACUGGCAUCAGCAGUAAAAGAAUGCUCCUUGGAUGGUGAUAACUUCAAGUAUCCCCUUGCGGCACUGCAAGAAUUGUGUGAAAUUAAAUUUGGGAAAACUCAUCCUGUGUGCACUUUGGUGAUAUCAUUGCCGUUGUUUUUGCCUGAUCCUCUGAGUCAAGGCUCGGGCAGAGAGUUGCAAAGACUUUCAUUCCUUGGGGCUUGCUUCAGCCUAUCUGUAUUUGCAGAGGAUGAUACAAGAGUUGUGGAGAAAUAUUUUUCUGGCCCUACACUUACGCUUGAAAAUACCAGAGUUGUCAGUCAGUCCUUGCAACACCAUUUAGAAUCAGCCAGGACUGACCUUUUCAAAAUUCUGCACAACAUAUUACUCAAUGGUGAGACCAGAGAGAGUGCAUUGAAUUACAUGGCAGCAGUGGUAAAUCGCAAUAUGAAGAAGGCACAAAUGCAAACAGAUGACCGAAUGGUAUCGACGGAUGGAUUUAUGCUGAAUUUUCUGUGGGUGCUUCAGCAACUGAGCACAAAGAUCAAGUUAGAGACUGUAGAUCCGAUGUAUAUUUUCCACCCAAAGUGUCGCAUCAAUAUUCUUGCAGAUGAGACUCGCGUGAAAGCGUCCAUGGAAGACAUUAAAAGCUGGCUUGCAGAGCUUAAUGAUCAGUCUAAAUUCGCUGAGCCAAAGUUCCCAACAGAGUGCUUUUUCCUGACGCUACAUGCACAUCAUCUUGCUAUCCUGCCGAGCUGCCGACGUUACAUACGAAGACUACGAGCUAUUCGAGAUCUCAACAGGACUGUUGAAGAACUAAAAAACAGUGAGAGCCAGUGGAAAGAUUCUCCAUUGGCAAACAGACAUAGGGAGAUGUUGAAACGAUGUAAAACUCAAUUGAAGAAACUGGUGCGAAGUAAGGCUUGUGCUGACGCAGGUUUGUUAGAUGAGAAUCUGUUGAGGAGAUGCCUCCAGUUUUACGGCACAUUAAUUCAACUGAUCUUUCGUCUGAUUGAUUCACGCUACCCAGACAUGACACUGCCCCUUAAUCCGGAGAUCCCCAAGGUGUUUGCAGCAUUGCCUGAAUUCUAUUUGGAAGAUAUUGCUGAAUUUUUGCUGUUUAUUGUACAAUAUUCCCCUCAGGUUUUAUAUGAACCAUGUACUCAGGACGUUGUGACUUUCCUUGUCGUAUUUAUCUGUAGUCAAAACUAUAUCCGAAAUCCUUACCUAAUUGCCAAGCUCGUUGAAGUCAUGUUUGUGACCAACCCAGCAGUCCAGCCUCGAACGCAGAAAUUCUAUGAAAUGAUGGAGAAUCACCCACUGGCCACAAAACAGCUUGUGCCUGCAUUAAUGAAAUUUUACACAGAUGUUGAACAUACUGGAGCAACAAGUGAAUUCUAUGACAAAUUCACUAUCCGCUACCACAUAAGUACAAUCUUUAAAAGCCUUUGGCAGAACGUAGCACAUCAAGGCACCUUUAUGGAAGAGUUUAAUUCUGGAAAGCAGUUUGUCCGUUACAUCAAUAUGUUAAUAAAUGAUACCACAUACCUGCUGGACGAGAGCCUGGAUUCUCUGAAACGUAUCCAUGAGGUACAGGAAGAAAUGAAGAACAAAGAACGAUGGGACUCAUUGCCUAGGGAUCAGCAGCAAAGUCGACAAUCGCAGCUGACUCAGGACGAGCGCGUCUCCCGUUCAUACCUUGCUCUUGGUGCCGAAACUGUGGAUAUGUUCCAUUACCUCACAAAGCAAGUGCAAAAACCUUUCCUUCGACCUGAGCUUGGCCCACGCUUAGCCGCAAUGUUGAACUUCAACCUGCAACAGCUGUGUGGCCCAAAGUGUCGUGACCUGAAAGUAGAAAACCCAGAAAAAUAUGGUUUUGAACCGAAGAAGCUUUUGGAUCAGUUGACUGACAUCUACCUGCAUCUGGACUGUCCCAGAUUUGCAAAAGCUAUUGCAGAUGAUCAGCGAUCGUACAGUAAAGAACUCUUCGAUGAAGUCAUUUCAAAAAUGAGGAAAGCGGGAAUUAAAUCAACGAUAGCAAUAGAAAAAUUUAGACUAUUGGCAGAAAAGGUAGAAGAAAUUGUGACAAAGAAUGCCCGUGCCGAAAUUGACUAUGGGGAUGCACCAGAUGAGUUCAGAGAUCCACUGAUGGACACCCUAAUGAACGAUCCAGUGAAGCUACCUUCAGGGACUGUAAUGGACCGCUCCAUUAUUUUAAGACAUUUACUGAAUUCUCCAACAGACCCGUUUAACCGCCAACAUCUGACAGAGAAUAUGCUGGAACCAGUGCCUGAAUUGAAGGAAAGAAUCCAUGCCUGGAUGAAAGAGAAGCAACAUGCAAAUCGCUCUUCGCAGUGACGUGUUACUGAAGAUGGAUCGAAUGUGAAACAUUUGUAGUUCUGAGUGUAGACCACCAGUAUAUUGAGGCCCAAGAGAAAAUCUGCUCCACGUUCAGUCGAGACUGCUGCACUGAUCACAUUAGGAAAAUGUAUUGUCUCUGUAAAUAAAUUUAAUUUAAAGAACAAACAAUUUAAAGGAGAAAAACGUUCUAAGGUGUUGGGUACAAGUUGGAAUCUUUUCAGUACAGCAACGUGACCAGUCCAAGGGUAACAGUGGUGUACUUGGAUCUUGCAGUUAUUUGGAAGCUAGAAGGGUCUGAGCAACAAUGUUUUUUUAAUACAACUGUAUUAACAGAAGAUGGUCUGUAUUUUAGGUUGAAUUUAUUACUGUAUCUUGUGCCCAGUCGCUGCUGAAGGGACUGUUUUGUUUGCUGCACUAAAUAUUCUUCAAAACCAAAGUGAUGCACAGGCCCUUUCCCUAAAAAAAACUGAUGUUUUAAUUAUGAGGCAUAAUCUGUUGGCUCACAGGACUAAAGGUGAGAUAAUUGAAUUCUAUUUGUUUAUCAUUAAUUUAUAUUUUUUCUAGCCUCUUCCCCUCCUAUUCCAUUUAAGCAUAGACUUGCAAACACUGUAGCUAAGAAACAGUAUAUCCUCCAUUUCUGCCAACUAUGUUUUACAGCUGUUGCUUUGUCCACUGUGUGAGCUGCAGUAUUGGGAUGUUUUGUUGGCAAUAAGGUUUCCUCAGACACGACCUGAAAAGCAACCUCCGUACAAGAGCCACUAGAUUUUUCUUCCUCUCCCCGGAGGAUUUUUAUUCUUGCAGCUCGCUAGAGGGCGCUCUUGUAUUCCAAGAGCUCUUCUGCCUUACACUGAAAUGUUCCAAAUCGUAGUUCAUGCCAAAAAAAUCAAAUUACCAUGGAUGCUGGCAAUCGGGAAUAAAAGCAGAAACUGCUGCCUGUCCACAUCUGGUCAGGCAGCAUCUGUUUAUUAAUGUUGAUGCUCUUGAGCAUCUGACAUGUGAAUAGCAACUAAAUCAAGUUUCUUUUUGUGUCUACCCUAUUGUAUGUUAAUUUGAGUUUUUACUUCAUUUCGGUUGUCUACCUUUUCUGGAUUUUUUUUUAAUCUCUUUUGGAUUUUGUAUAAUUUGCUGCAGAGAGCUGGUUUAUUUCAACUGUCCUGGAUUGUAGCAAACUGAAGUAAUGUGAAAUUACUUUGCGUUUUGGAAUUUUUAUUUGCAAAUUAAAUAAAGUAUGGAAGAAAAAGAAACCCUAAAUUUCAGUGAUUACCUGAUAAAUGAGUCUGUCACAUUUUCACAGAAAUGCAACAACUUCAGAAAUAUUGUCUCUGCUGUCUAUGUGCUUGUAUUUAAGAAUUGUUCUGUAUCAGUAAAAUGUUUUUUAUGUUUCAAACUGCUUUACUGUGAAAUAUUAAUUCUACUGCAUGAAUCCGGUUGUUAUAGCAAAGUGGGAUUGGGCUCCCUUUCCCUUCAGUACAGCAAGAGCUGUGUAAUGGGAAGAGGGAAUCCUUUUGUUGCCAUCUUCCAUAUGCAGUACUGGAUUUUGAAUUCAGUCCAAUAGUAAAGCUGAACAUCUUUAGGUUGCUGGUUUUAUAUUGUGACAAGUGUUCAGCCGGAAUUUCAAUUGCAAACUGUUGUAACUACUGGGAUUACAAGCAUGGUCUCUGCUGAUUUUGCGGUUUAAUUUUUAAUCACAAGGGAAAAAUCAUUGCAAAAUUAAGUGUAAAAUUUGCAGUAAAUAAGUGUUAAAAUUGAAGUUUUCUAGCUGUAUGAGGAUAUUAAAUGCCUAAUCCUAGUAAUGAUCUCUAAACCCACACAGAUUUGAGAAUUAAUGCAUUGUGCCCAGAUUAAUUAUUUAGGACAAUAUGUAGUUUAAUGAUCUGUACUAAACCUAGGUUUUCCCAAAUAUUUUCUUUAGAUGGUCCCAUUGAAUUCACUUGCUUGGCCAUGAUUUGUUUCAAAGUUAAAUUACUUUGUGCUGCAAAGUACCUGACUAACAUGCUUGAAAAUGCACUUAAAGAUAAAUAUUUUAGUCACAAAAAGGAUUAUUAAUGACGUGUUCAAAGGUUACUUCCAUUGCAAGUCUGGAAAAUAAUUUCCUAAUAUUAGUUGAUGAAUAACAUUAAUAUUCACCAAGUCCUGUGCGAGCUUUUUUUGGGAUUCUGAGUACAUCAGUGCAUAUCACAUGGUUUGUUUCAAACACACGAAUACUUAACUAUAUUAUUGUAUUGAAUGCUGGACAUCGACAGCUUACCAGUGUAGAAUUAAUUAGGAUUUACAGAUUUUGCUGUAUUAAUUUUUUUUUAAAGUUAUACUGAAUCGUAUGUAUGUUCACCAAAUACUUGCAAUUCAUUGUAAUGGGGAAAAAUAAACAGUAUACAUUUGAAAUGGAGGCCAGAAUAUCUGUAAAGGGGAGGGAAAAAAUCGGGUUGACAUUUGAAGUGUACAUUCAAAUUCAGUGCCCUAAAACUUGGAGCUGCCUUUUCUCUUAUUUGAUACUUUACAGGUGUUUUCCUGGUUGUUUUUUUUUUAAUUAUUUCAGAUACCUGCGUUCAACUUGUAUUCCAGCAAUAUACUGAGCUAUUAAAACAUGGAAUUUUUUUUUAAUGAAGUCGCAUUUGAAGUCCCACUGCUUCAAAAUUUAGAAACUUGAUUUGGCUAGGUGUGUAAAUUUGAUUUAAAAUGGGGAGCUAUUGUCAGAUACACAGUAGGCUAUUAUAUAUAUAGGGAUUCAGCUUGUAUUCAUAUGCAUCUCAUCCAUAUUUUAACUCCUUUCGUUUCUUUCUUUUUGAAUUUAAUCUUUAGAGCCAAUGUUCAUUGCCAUGGUCAGUUGCGUUGACUUUAUUUAUGAAAACUUGAUCCUACAGAUCAUUUUAAGGCACCUCUAGAGUUACAUGCAUUGUCCGCUGGUAUUUGACGAAGAGUGCUGAGCGCAUCAGUAAUGUGUAAAAGAAUGCCCAACCUAAUCCAAUUUAAACAUGUACAUCAAUCUCUUAAUUUGACCGGAACUUUAAAAAAAAUAUUCUUGUUCCUUUUUAAAUAUAUACAUAUAAUGUGACCUCUUCAGAACUUGAAUGGUAGGUAACCCUUUCUAACCCAGCAUCUAUUGUCAAGAUGAUAUUACAGCAGUUUCCUGUGGAAUUCAUACUUGUCUCUCUCGUUCUUUGACUAAAUAACCUGACCAUUUGCUCUGUAGCUCAGUUUUAGAUCCUUAAUUAUUUCAACUACAUUGUGCUUUUUCUUGCAUUGCAUAGAUCAUUCUGGGCUAGAAAGGGUUACGAUAUGAUAAAUUAGAUACUGUCAGAUCUGCAGCAUAAGCCUAUUUGACGCUAAUGAUACUGUGAUGGUGUGAUAGUACUGCUAUAUUUUACCUCAGUAUUGUUGAAAUGGAAAUUCCAGCACUGUAGCAGGAAAAGGAGGAAAUUAAAAUGUACAUUCUUUACCUACAGCUUACUGCCAUUGUUCCAAGUACUUGAAUUUCUGAUUUUUAUUUGGAAAAGCUGGACAUUGUUUUUUUUUUUGGUUUUUCUAUGAAUACUGUUAUAAUAAUCGGGAGUGUUUUUAAUGAUAAGGAAGCACAGAAUGGUAAUUCCUACAGGCUGUUCUGAUUGCUCCCAACCUGUGAAUUCCAAUAAAUGGUGGUAAACAUCCCAAUACAAAAUGGUAUCCAUUGUCUUCUACUGUAAGGUGGGUUAAGUUUCUCCAUUUUACAUCAAACUAAACACAUACGCAGAGUUCCAAAUGGUCUGCUGGCUUGGCUCAGCUGACGAGUACCAUUUGCACAUGCUGCUAUUUUCACUUGAGUGAGGGGCACCAGUAGAUGUCUCACGCAAGUCAUCAGUUUAAUCUAGGUUAUGUUUUAAUCUUGCUCACGUGCCUCCAUAUUUGCAGGCUUAAAUCAUAGUAGAGCCCCAGCUACCAAAGGUACAGUAUGUACAAGAGUUUCUUGCGAACAAUUUAUCCUGCCAUUUCUUGUAUUUGACAUUGAUUUGUUCUGUAUACUGGUCAGAGCAAAUGGCGGAAAGUGAAUUUGUUUCUAGCAUUCUGAAGUUAUCCUGCAAUGCCACUUUAAAUAAUAAAGUGAUCAUUAAUUGAAAUGAUAUUCAGUGUUAGUAUGAUGAAUAAGGUUUGAUCAAGUGUCUAGUGCUAAUUGGAUUUUGACUUUCUCAGCUUCAAGGGAAAAAUCAAAUUGCUGGUUAGGUUAACAUUGGGCUCAAGGUUACAGGUGCCAACUCAAACCAGUUUGAGCUAAGUUCCUGGAUGCAACUUAAAUGCAAGAUGAUUGCAGUAAAUAUUCCUCAAUAUAUAGCAUAAAUUAUCACAAUUCCAACUGAGACUUCAGUCAUCUCCACAGAGCAAAGUAAAAUCUGUUACCAUUAACUGUCUUUCUACAACCAACUUGACCUCUUAAAAGCAUUCAUUUUAUUGAUGGAUGCUUCAAGUAUCUUUAUAGAAUUCUCCUGCUAAUACUCAUUACAGACAUUCACUUGAUGGUGUAAUAAAUGCCUUAUACUAGACAUCUGCAAAGAAUUGAUUUGACCAUAAUAUUGGAGUAAUCAUACACCAUUCAUGUCCCUUGUGUUAGUACGUUCCAAGUUGAAAUCCUGUUAUCAAAAAUGAGUAUGGAGAUUUUAGGCUGCUAAAAAAAGGUGCCAUUUAUUUCCAAGUCCUGUCUAACAUCCGGAUAAUGCAAAUGACCCCAUGGAAAACUGAUAUCUAGGCUGAUACUUAUUCAAAGUACACGUCACCAUCUACAACCCUGAGAUUAAUUUUCUUGAGGUGAUCUCAGUACCAUGGUUAACAUCACUACAGAUAAUCUAGGCAUGAUCAGGUCAUAGAAACAGAAAAUAGGUGCAGGGGUAGGCCAUUCAGCCCUUCAAGCCUGCACCGCCAUUCAGUAUGAUACCAACUCAGAACCCUGUACCUGCUUUCUCUCCAUACCCCCUGAUCCCUUUAGCCACAAGGGCCAUAUCUAACUUAUGUCUAACAUAACAUAUGUCACUGAUUAUGCCAUUUAUUUUGUGAGCAUUAGGGCAUUUUAAAGCAUAUUAUUUUUAAAGAAGUAGAAACAAAAUGGUAUGGCAUUUAAGGGGGAAAAUACAAGAUCAAGGCAUGAAUCUCAGAACGCACAAAGAUUCUACCAUCUUGAGCAUGAGAUAUUAAACGAGGUCACAUUUGAAGGCUCUUUAAUAGUCAAAAAUAAUCACAAUCUUUACAAUGGUGAAGAAGCUAUUAAUGUUCACUAACUUAACUUUGAAAUUGACAACACCUUUGUAAUUUCAUUGCAAGUGAACACUACUGCAUGAGCCUCAGGUGUAUUAGUGAUAUUUCCACGGCACAAAUUCACUGUUUAUGCCCUCAAUGAUAUCCUGGGAAAUUGGUUAAGUUUACAUGAAUUUAAGUUGUUUCUGAAGUGGCACCAUUGGAAAAAGUGUUUCAAAAUCUUGUUUAUUGCAUGAGGUCUAUGUGAGAUUUCAGUGAGGUUCUAAGCCAUGAUUCCUGGUUUGGAAACAUUCUGAAAUGAAAUAUUUUAUUGUAUAUUGAUUGUAUUUCCUGCAAAAACUCCAAUAACAUGGAUUUUAAAAUAAAUAUUUUAUAUUUAA